GACCGUUCACGCGCAAGCAAGCACCGUCACCGUGAGGGGGAAGGUCUCUUGGCUUACUUUGGCUUCUUCGUUCGUUGUCUUCGAUUACAAAUUUACAACUUGUACAGACUUCCGUACUAAUUAUACAGGUUUUAUCACCACGACUACUCAUCUUCUGGAAUUUUCUCUUGUUUUCGUUGCUUGGCCUCUUCGUUUUCUUGAAUUCCUCCGAUCUAUCUGAUUCCGUUCCAUGGCGACGAUCGGGCACAACAACAUCAACGCCAAACUGGUUCUCCUUGGGGACAUGGGUGCGGGAAAAUCCAGCAUCGUUUUGCGUUUUGUCAAGGGUCAAUUUCUUGAAUUCCAGGAAUCUACAAUAGGGGCUGCAUUUUUCUCACAAACAUUGGCAGUAAAUGAUGCAACCGUGAAAUUUGAGAUUUGGGAUACUGCUGGACAGGAGAGGUACCAUAGUCUGGCUCCCAUGUACUACAGAGGUGCUGCUGCUGCUAUCAUUGUCUAUGACAUUACGAAUGAAGAUUCAUUUGUACGAGCCAAGAAGUGGGUCCUAGAACUUCAAAAGCAAGGGAAUCCUAACAUGGUUGUGGCUCUUGCUGGUAACAAAGCUGAUUUGGAAGAUAAGAGGAAAGUGACAGCUGAAGUAAGCACGACAUAUGCUGAAGAAAAUAAUCUAUUUUUCAUGGAAACAUCUGCCAAAACUGCAACCAAUGUAAACGACAUGUUUUAUGAAAUAGCAAAGAGGUUACCGAGGGCUCAGCCUGCUCCAAACCCGGCAGGGAUGGUGCUUGUGGACAGACCUGCAGAAGGAUCCAGAACUGCUGCAUCUUGUUGUUCCUAAAGCAUUGGUGUUGUAAUUCUUCUUCCUUUAACUUAGCAUCUUCCGUGUUUUCUGUGGCUUGUCUUUUGCACUUCAGUGGCACACUCUUGUUGUAGCUCCCUCAAGUAGUAGCAUGGGCAGUGUAUAUAUAAUACACAAGCGCCUUGGAAUUGAAUACUUUUGGUGGCUUGAUUUGUUCAAUACAUGGGGUGGAUGGAAUACAUGAAACUCCCAGCUUUCUGGCAUCAAAACGUGUGUGAAUGAAUGGCUUCAAUCUUUUUAUUA